UCCAGGUGGUUUUGUGAGGGGAAGGAGCUGGAGAACUGCCCUGACAUUCAGAUCAUCAACAACGACGAGUUGCACUCUCUGAUCAUUGCCGAGGCAUUCGAGGAAGACACAGGGCGGUACUCUUGCUUUGCUUCCAACUUCUAUGGCACAGAUUCAACAUCUGCAGAAAUCUACAUCGAAGGUGACCAUUGAGUUUGACCUUCAAGUCAAGUGACCCAUCUAGAGUGCAUCGUCACAUAAAGAUGUAAUGCUGAUGUAAUUAAUUAGUAUCUCUUCUGGUUCAAAUGUUUCAUUUUAAAUUAAAACAAAUGAAUAUAGACAAUCAUACUAAGAUCAUCCCUACUGUUGAGCUGUACAUCACCCUCUUUUAUAUGUUUUACAGGUGCCUCCUCUACAGAUUCGGAGGGGGAACAACAUUUUGAACAAGUAGCACAGUGAGUACACUACUCUUCCUCAACUCAAAAUAUAAUUGGAAAACAUUUAAUUGCGGCAGUGAAAGCAAGCUUCAAAGGCUUCAAUUCUGUAAUGUAAUAGGCCUCAGUGUAGCACAUAAAGUUCCUUCAGAAAGUAUUCACACCCCUUGACUUUUUCCACAUUUUGUUGUGUGACAGCCUGAAUUUAAAAUGGAUUCAAUUUAGAUUUUUUUGUAACUGGCCUACUACACACAAUACCCCAUAAUGUCAAAGUGGAAUUGUGUUUUUCGAAAUGAUUACAAAUGAUCAUUAUUAUUUAUUUUUUGGGGGGUGGAUCAGCUUGAAUAUUGCAAAUAGAUUUAGGCUUUUAUCAAUGUAAUUGUCUUAAUCAUUUCCAAUACCCCAUAUAUUUUUUAAAUAAAUACAUAUAUUUUCCUUUAUUAUUUUCCCCUAACCCUACCAUCCCUCCCCUAAGUAGAGUAAAUUAAUAGACAACAACACUUAGGCGUCUACUUCCAGCUUAUACGUACUAUAUACAUUUUACAGACACAGUAUAUUUUACAUUAGUUAUAUUUUGUUUGUUUUUAGUCCCACCCUUCAGCUCCCCUCAACCCCUCCCAUCUACAGUGCAUUUGGAAAGUAUUCAGGCCCCUUCCCUUUUUCCACAUUUUGUUACGUUACAGCCUUAUUCUAAAAUGUAUUUAAAAAAUAAUAAUCCUCAACAAUCUACACACCCCAUAAUAACAAAGCGAAAACAGGUCUUUAGAAAUGUUUGCAAAUUUAUAAAAAAUGUACAUAAGUAUUCAGACCCUUUGCUAUGAGACUCGAAAUUGAGCUCAGGUGCAUCCUGUUUCCAUUUAUCAUCCUUGAGAUGCUUCUUCAACUUCAUUGGAGUCCACCUGUCGUAAAUUCAAUUGAUUGGACAUGAUUUGGAAAGGCACACACCUGUCUAUAUAAGGUCCCACAGUGGACAGUGCAGGUCAGAGCAAAACCAAGCCAUGAGAUCGAAGGAAUUGUCCGUAGAACUCAGAGACAGGAUUGGGUCAAGGCACAGAUCUGGGGAAGGGUACCAAAAAAUGUCUGCAGCAUUGAAGGCCCCCAAAAACACAGUGGCCUCCAUCAUUCUUAAAUGGAAGAAGUUUUGAACCACCAAGACUCUUCCUAGUGCUGGUCGCCCGGCCAAACUGAGCAAUCAUGGGAGAAGGGCCUUGCUCAGGGAGGUCCUACGGUCACUCUGGCACCAUCCCUACAGUGAAGCAUGGUGGUGGCAGCAUCAUGCUGUGGGGAUGUUUUUCAGCGGCAGGGACUGGGAGACCUGUCAGGAUCGAGGGAAAGAUGAAUGGAGCAAAGCACAGAGAGAUCCUUGAUAAAAACCUGCUCCAAAGCGCCAAGGGCCUCAGACUGGGGAGAAGGUUCACCUUCCAACAGGACAACGACCCUAAGCACACAGCCAAGACAAUGCAGGAGUGGCUUUGGGACAAGUCUCUGAAUGUCCUUGAGUGGCCCAGCCAGAGCCCGGACUUGAACCCGAUCGAACAUCUCUGGAGAGACCUGAAAAUAGCUGUGCAGCAACGCUCCCCAUCCACCUGAGCUUGAGAGGUUCUGCAGAGAAGAAUGGGAGAAACUCCCCAAAUACAGGUGUGCCAAGCUUGUAGCGUCAUACCCAAGAAGACUUGAGGUUGUAAUCGCUUCCAAAGGUGCUUCAACAAUGUACUGAGUAAAGGGUCUAAAUACUUAUGUAAAUGUGAUAUUUCAGUUUUGUAUUCUUUAUACAUUUCCAAAAAUGUAAAAACAAAUACUGUUUUUGCUUUGUCAUUAUGGGGUAUUGUGUGUAGAUUGAUGAGAAUUUUUUUUGCAAUUUAAUCCAUUUUAGAAUAAGGCUGUAACGUAACAAAAUGUUGAAAAGUCAAGGGGUCUGAAUACUUUCCGAAUGCACUGUAUCUCUGAACACCAUCAACUGUGCUGUGAUGUUUCACAAAAGUUCUGAACCUUUCUAUUCUCAUAGUUUCUACAGAUUGUAAAUUAAAGAUACUUUUUUUUGCUAAGAUCAUUAUGAUAUUAUUGAUCAAUUGAGUGUGACUUUUCAGAUCACCCAGCAGUGCUAUUUGCAGAGUUAACUCCAGGUAAAUGUUGCAAUUCUUCAGGCCUUCCUGAACGUGCGACCAAAAACAAGCUACAUAUGGACAGUACCAAAACAAAUGAUCUAAUGAUUCUGUCUCAUCGCAACAAAAUCUGAAGAGCUGUGAUGGUUUUAUCCCCCAUAGAUAUAGCAUUCUAUUGGUUGCAAAAAUUUUGUAUAAUCAUUGAAAUUGAAAAACUCUAUGUUUUGAAUCCGGUGUCUAUUUUGCAAUCUGUAUGGCACAGCUAUCCAUUUUUUGGUCCUUGAAUGAAACUGGUAUACUUUUUUAUUUAUCACAAUUUUCUUUAACCAAUUUUGAUAUUUAAUGCAGGGCCAACAGACAAGAUCCUUACUUUCUCACCCUUCCACUUGCUUCUUCCAUUUUUGCGGGAAUGCUGCAAUUAGUUGAUUGUAAUUUUGGAUAGAGGAGACAUUUCCAUAUAUUUAUUUUUGUAGCAUGUUUGAAAUAACCUCACCAGUCCUAUUUAUGAUAUUAUUUACAAAGAUUAUUCCGUUUUUAUUUUUUUUAUUUUAAAUAAUGCUUUUAUUAGUAUAUUUGAGUUUAACCAUAAUAUUUGGUUAAAUUUUGUUCUGUCUUUUAAUAAUAAUAAUAAUAAUAAUAAUAUGCCAUUUAGCAGACGCUUUUAUCCAAAGCGACUUACAGUCAUGCGUGCAUACAUUUUUGUGUAUGGGUGGUCCCGGGGAUCGAACCCACUACCUUGGCGUUACAAGCGCCGUGCUCUACCAGCUGAGCUACAGAGGACCACUUUUCUGGUGGAUUAAACAUAAGUUGCAACCAACUUUAUAUGGCUUGUUUUAAAAAUAGUGAUAUUUAGAGAUUAUUUCAUUUUCAAAUAACCGAAAGUGAGAGGUUGUAAUCUGAAUAAAGGGAAAAAGGACAUUCUUCAACACGGGGUGAGCCAUACUAAUCUGCUAGAGAACUAGUUUGGAUUUAAGUAUAGUUUUUGUAUGACUGAAACCUUUAGUGAGAGGUCUAAUGCUUUAAUAUUUAAUAAUUUCUGCCCUCCAAAUUCAUAUUAAUUAUAUAAAUAGGCCCGUUUAAUUUUGUCUGGCUUGCCGUUCCAAAUAAAAUGUAAUAUUAUUUGCUCAUAUAAUUUAAAAAAGAAGUUAGGUGUAGGCAGGGCCAUAAGCAAAUAGGUGAACUGGGAUAUGACUAAAGAGUUAAUGAGGGUGAUUCUUCCACAAGUAGACAGGUAUUUUCCUUUCCAUGGCAGUGAGAUCUUAUCUAGUAUUUCUAACUUUAAAAGAAAACAUGAAUCAUCAGCGUACAAUGACACCUGUUUUUAAACCCUGGAUUUCUAGCCACUUGAUAUUAUUGUUGGAUCUGAUUAUAAUAGUUAACAUUUCGAUGGGAAUAAUAAAUAGAUAUGCCAAUGGUGGACAACCUUUUUUUAAAUGAAAAGCUGAAAUGUCUUGAGUCAAUAAGUAUUCAACCCCUUUGUUAUGGAAAGCCUAAAUCAUUUCAGGUGUAAACAUGUGCUUAACAAGUCACAUAAUAAGUUGCAUGGACUCACUCUGUGUGCCAUAAUAGUGUUUAACAUGAUUUUUGAAUGACUACCUCAACUCUUUACCCGACACGACAAUUAUCUGUAAGUUCCCUUAGUCGAGCAGUGAAUCUCAAACACAUAUUCAACCACAAAGACCAGGGAGGUUUUUCAAUGCCUCGUAAAGAAGGGAGCCUAUUGGUAGAUGGGUCAAAAUAAAAAAAAAGCAGACAUUGAAUAUCCCUUUGAGCAUGGUGAAGUUAUUAAUGCCACUUUGGAUGGUGUGUCAAUACACCCAGUCACUACAAAGAUACAGGCAUCCUUCCUAACUCAGUUGCCGUAGAGGAAGGAAACCGCUCAGGGAUUUCACCAUGAGGCCAACAGUGACUUUAAAACAGUUACAGAGUUUAAUGGCUGUGGUAGCAGAAAACUGAGGGUGGAUCAACAACAUUGUAGUUACUCCACAAUACUAACCUAUUGACAAAGUGAAAAGAUGUACAGAAUAAACAUAUUCCAAAACAUGCAUCCUGUUUGCAAAAAGGCACUAAAGUAAUACUGCAAGAAACUUGGCAAAGCAAUUAACUUUUUGUCCUGAAUACAAAGUGUUAUGUUUGGGGCAAAUCCAAUACAACACAUUACUGAGUAACACUCUCCAUAUUUUCAAGCAUAGUGGUGGCUGCAUCAUGUUAUUGGUAUGCUUGUAAUCGUUAAGGACUGGGGAGUUUUUCAGGAUAAAAAAUAAAUGGAAUGAAGCUAAGCACAGGCAAAAUCCUAGAGGAAAACCUGGUUCACUCUGCUUUCCACCAGACACUGGGAGAUGAAUUCACCUUUCAGCAGGACAAUAACCUAAAAUACAAGGCCAAAUAUACACUGGAGUUGCUUACCAAGACGACAUUGAAUGUUCCUGAGUGGCCUUAUUACAGUUUUGACUUAAAUCGGAUUGGAAAUCUAUGGCAAGACUUGAAAAUGUCUGUCUAGCCUGAAGAAGGCACAGUGAUGCCGAACGUUGGUGGUUUCUUACCCAAUAAAGUAUUUGGAGUUUAUACAUAGGGUGUGCGACUCUCUUUAUUUGUUUUUAUAGCUUACAGUUACCACCUCUACACUAAAUAAUGUUCUCUGGGUGUGCGCCAGCUCAUGCUUUUUAUUAACAAUGAUCAACAACCAACUUGACAGAGCUUCAAUCCAGGUGUGCAAAGCUCUUAGAAAUGUACCCAGAAAGACUCACAGUUGUAAUCGCUGCAAAGUAUAUUCUAACAUGUAUUGACUCAGGGGGUUGAAUACUUCUCAAGACUGUAACAAGGCCAAAUCUACAUUGGAGUUGCUUACCAAGAAACAGUAAAUAUUCCUGAGUGGCCGAGUUACAGUUUUGAUUUAAAUCUACAUGAAAAUAUUUGGCAAGACCUGAAAAUGGCAAUGAUCAACAACCAAUUUGACAGAGCUUGAAGAAUUUUGAAAAUAAUAAUGGGAAAUGUUACACAAUGCAGGUGUGGAGAGCUCUAACAGACUUACCCAGAAAGACUCACCACUGUAAUUGCUGCCAAAGGUGCUUCUAAUAUUGACUCAGGGGUGUGAUGAAUACUUAUGUAAAUCUGUUAUUUAUUUCAUUUUCAAUAAAUUUGCAAACAUUUCUAAAAACAUUUUUUCACUUUGUGUAAAGAAAAUCAAUUUAAUCAAUUUUGAAUUCAGGCUGUAACACAACAAAAUGUGGAACAAGUAAUGGGGUAUGAAUACUUUCUGAAGGCACUGUAUGUAACUUCAACACUGUAAAAAUAAUUAUAACCCAGUGUGACCUGGUUAGUUACAAUGUAUCCUGUUUCCCCUGUAAACCUAAAGGCUGCAGAGGACCCCAGCUCAGCCGGCUGCUCCGUCUUUACGUCCAGUGGUCUGUGCUGUGUCUGUGUGUGAGGAAGACACACCCAUCUGUACUGAAGACCAGCCACAGGAGGCCACCUCACUGCCGUCUAGCCAGGUAGUCACUGCAUCUGUGCCUGUCAAGGUAACUACUACUGUCCUUCCUGUUACGGAGGUGACAGCAACACCCACCCAGGUGGCGUUUACAUUGUCCCCUGCCCAGGAGACGUCAGCACCGUUACCUGUCCAGGUAGUCUGUACUCUAGAUCUACCACCUGUGGACAUAGUGUCAGUACUGGCGCAGGAGGUGUCAACACCGUCACUGUCAACACCGUCACCUGUCCCAGUGACGUCCGCACCAUUACCGACAAAGGCAGUCACUACCACGGCACUACCACUGACCCAGGUGGUUUCCUCUACACUGCCUGCCCAGGUGGCUCCCAUACAGAUGACUCUGUCUGAGGUAAUAUUCUGCUGAAAACGCUCUGGCUGCUGAAUAUACUGCAAACAUAUAAAUGGAAAUUCCAGAUAUCUGAAAUAUGUCUAACUUUUCUUUCUACUCAGCGAUCUUUAUUCAAGACACACAUAGUACUUGACAAUAAUGUAUAUUUGUGUUUGGUUACUUAAAUGAUGGAAUCCUUUUUUUCAGAACUUAAACGGUGACAGCUAUAACCGAGGUCUAGACGUCUAUCCUCAAGGUCUAGACGGGAGGCCUAUCAUCGCUGCCCCUGUUUUCACAAAGGUACCCUACUAAAAUUAUCCAUUCUAUUAAUAAUUAGAAGAUACAGUAUGUACAAUGUCAACUUCAUCAUCAAACAGAAAAUAUGAUAUUAUCUUAUAUAUAUAUAUAUAUACAGUGCCUUCAGAAAGUAUUCAUACCCCUUGACUUAUUCCACAUUUUGUUGUUAGAGCCUGAAAUCAAAAUGGAUUAAAUAUAUUUAUUUUCUCACCCAUCUACACACAAACAUAAUGACAACAUGAACACAUGUUUUUAGAUAUUUUUGCAAAUGUAUUGAAAAUGAAAUACAGAAAUAUUUAAUUUACACAAGUAUUCACACCCCAUGAGCCAAUACUUUGUAGAAGCACCUUUGGCAGUGAUUAUAGCUGUGAGUCUUUCUGGGUAAGUCUCUAAGAGAUUUCCAUACCUGGAUUGUGCAAUAUUUGCAUAUAAUAACUGUUUUCGCUUCAAGCUUUGUCAAAUUGGUUGUUGAUCAUUGCUAGACAACCAUUUUCAGGUCUUGCCAUACAUUUUCAAGUAGAUUUAAGUCAAAACUCUAACUCGGCCACUCAGGAACAUUUACUGUCUUCUUGGGAAGCAACUCCAAUGUAGAUUUGGCCUUGUGUUUUAGGUUAUUGUCCUGCUGAAAGGUGAAUUCAUCUCCCAGUCUCUGGUGGAAAGCAGACUGAACCAGGUUUUCCUCUAGGAUUUUGCCUUUGCUUACUUAGCCCCAUUCCGUUUCUUUUUUAUCCUGAAAUACUCCCCAGUCCUUAACGAUUACAAGCAUAACAUGAUGCAGCCACCACUAUGCUUGAAAAUAUAGAGAGUGGUAGUCAGUAAUGUGUUGUAUUGGAUUUGCCCCAAACAUAACACUUUGUAUUCAGGACAAAAAGUGAAUGGCUUUGCCACAUUUUUUGCAGUAUUACUUUAGUGCCUUGUUGCAAACAGGAUGCAUGUUUUGGAAUAGUUUUAUUCUGUACAGGCUUCCUUCUUUUCACUCUGUCAUUUAGGUUAGUAUCGUGGAGUAACUACAAUGUUGUUGAUCCAUGCUCAGUUUUCUCCUAUCACAGCCAUUAAACUCUGUAACUGUUUUAAAGUCACCAUUGGCCUCAUGCUGAAAUCCCUGAGCGGUAUCCUUCCUCUCCGGCAACUGAGUUAGGAAGGAUGACUGUAUCUUUGUUGUGACUGAGUGUAUUGACACACCAUCCAAAGUGUAAUUAAUACCUUCACCAUGCCCAAAAGGAUAUUCAAUGUCUGCUUUUUUUUAUUUCUACCCAUCUACCAAUAGGUGCCCUUCUUUGCGAGGCAUUGGAAAACCUCCCUGGUCUUUGUGGUGGAAUCUGUGUUUGAAAUUCACUGCUCGACUGAAGGAACUUACAGAUAAUUGUAUGUGUGGGGUACAGAGAUGGUAGUCAUAGAUAGGUAGUUAUUCAACAAUCAUGUUAAACACUAUUAUUGCACACACAGUCCAUGGAACUUAUUAUGUGACUUAUUAAGCACAUUUUUACUCCUGAACUUAUUUAGGCUUGCCAUAACAAAGGGUUGAAUACUCAUUGACUCAAGACAUUUCAGCUUUUCAAUUUGUAAAAAUUUAGAAAAACAUCAUUCCGCUUUAACAUUAUGGUGUAUUGUGUGUAGGCCAGUGAACAAAAAUCUCAAUUUAAUCUAUUUUAUAUUCAGGCUGUAACACAACAAAAUGUGGAAAAAGUCAAGGGGUGUGAAUACUUUCUGAAGGCACUAUAGUACAUUUUAAAGCUUACGUACUUAAGAAAUAGUACGUUUUGUGUGUGAUGAUGAACUGGAUGUAUGUGCACUCUACUUGGCCCCUCAGAGUCUGCAGGACCUGUUGGCGUCGGAGAACCAGCUGGUGGUGCUAGAGUGCCGUGUUAAAGGGGUGCCCUCCCCCAAGGUGGACUGGUACAGAGAAGGAACUGUCAUAGAGGACUCCCCUGACUUCAGGAUCCUGCAGAAGAGUAAGUCCAACUCAUUUACUAUGUUUUAGAAUAAUGUACAAUUCAUCUUAUGAUAUUUUCUGUGAUGUACAACAAUUCUCUUGUAUUAGUUCAUUAGGACAUUUCCACUGAUAUGGAGCUAUCUUUAAAAUGAUUCAUUGUAAGCAUUCUGAAAACUGUAAAAGUAUCUAAAAUAUACUUUUAAAGUAUCUAAAAAAGAUCUGAAUGCAAGUUUUUUAGUAGGCAACAUGAGAAGCUCUGUGAUUUUAAACAAUUAUAUAUAUAUUAGCAUUUUCUUAUUUUUUAGAGCCUCGAUCCAUGGCUGAAUCAGGUAUGUAUUAUUCAAAGGAGAGACUGUCAUGGUACAAUUAAUGGAAUUGUAAAAUCUUAAGAUGGAGCAUAUUUCUGCGUGUAUCAAAGUAUUUGGUGUGGUGUGUUACUGAAUAGUAAAUUGUAUUCAAAAUAGAUACAAUACAACAUUUGGAAAACCCGACUGGUGCUUCCCUCAGAAAGUCAAUAUUCUACUGUAGCCUAAGGGAUGUUUUCUAUGAAACAGUGUACACCAUUUCUCUUCCAAGAUGUUUACAGUAUCUGGCUGGGGCUGUAGCUACUGUAACCCCUCUGAGUAACAGCCAGUUUACUUCUCCUCCUAACACUCAACCUUAUAAGGAAGCUUACUUGGUCACAGAGCCUUUCAGAGUAUCUGAAACACAGGGAAGCACUCGUGAUUGGAAACAAAUGUAGCUGCUGUGCCAUUGGAAACACGGCUCACUCACAGCAUAUCACAGGCAGCUGGUGGCACCUUAAUUGGGGAGUACGGGCUCAUAGUAAUGGCUGGAACGGAAUUAAUGGAAUGGUAUCCAACCCAUCAAACACAUGGUUUCCAUGUGUUUGAUCCCAUUCCAUUGACUCCAUUCUAGCCAUUACUAUGAGCCUUCCUCCCCUCAGCAGCCUCCUGUGCAGCAUAUGUAUUAUAUGAAUGCGUACUAGUUCUCUGUAUCUUAGACAACAUAUUGAGUAAUAGCUAUACAUAGAAAUUCAGAUAUAUUUUACAAUGCAGAGGCUUACUGCCUGUUUCUUUUUCUCUGUGCAUGCUGUAUACAUAACGGUAGGUUAGCUACAUAGUACAGCUGCAAUGCUGUUCUAGUAACUUCUCUGCCCUUUAAUCUAUGAGUCAUGUUGCCUGAACUUCAACAGUGACAUUCAGCUGGUGCUACCCUCAUCUCCCUCAUUUUGUAUUCCCUUUAGAGGAAAUAUGCACUUUGGUUAUUGCUGAGGUCUUCCCUGAAGAUUCUGGAACGUUCACUUGCACUGCAAGCAACAAAUAUGGAACUGUAUCCAGUAUCGCUGCACUAAGGGUGAAAGGUAACGUCACUGGCUUACAAACAAGGUUUAGACUUGACAGUUCUAUUAGUAAGAUUAUAUUUGGAGACUGUUUACAGUUUCUAGUGAAAAUCUACACACACUUGCACAGUUUGUCUAAAAAUUGAUUCGAUUUUCCCAUGAAUUUUCCCAUUGAUUUCCUAUACAUAAAAUGUCCACUGAUCUACACAACCUAUUCCACAUUUUCCAGGUGAAAGAAAAAUUAUAUAAUUUUUCUAUUAAAAAACACUCACAAAAAACGAAAGAAGUCUUGAUGUUGAAGGUCUUCACACCACUUGCCGUGGCACAUCUAAAUUAAGGAGCAAAUAUUUUCAUACAAAAUCCCACAACAAUCCAUCAGUUUGCAAUAGUUGUGGUUUUAAUAGUGCUGAGCAUUAACUGAAAUGUUGGUUAUUUUGACCGAUGUUGGUUCAAUUAAUUGAAUUGCAUUUUGUUCAGGUUUUUUCUGAGCUCAAUGCACACGUUGAGCGGUUUCUCUAGAGAUAAAUCAGAUCAAACCGAACUGUGCAAUGUAGUAGGGAGUUGUAGUUUCCAAUAGGCCAAUAUUCUACAUAGUUUACCUCAGAAAACGUGGUAAUGAACUACAAUGACCAUACUCCAUUGCGGGCCUACUUGUCCGGUCAGUGUGUUUCUUUUACGCCUGUUACAGUAGGUUAGUGUGGGGCAGACACGGAGAGAAGAGACAGAAGAAUGGGAAGAGACAGAAGAAUGCACGAUCGAGUGGAAUAGAGAGCAGUUGCUUCGCGAGGUAUCUCUACCUGAAAAUACAUGAUCUAAGUGAUUGAUAUUGGUUUUCAGCAGUCAUAAAAUUAUGGUUUAUUUACUUUCAAGAACUACUAAAAUUGUGAUAUUGUCAGACAGCAUAGGCAGCAGCUCUAAAGAAAUGAGACGAUGACUUGGAAUGUAAUAAUAAAGCCAUCAAACAAAACAAAUGUUAUGUUCACAACAACUGAAAUAUUUUAUUCAAAUCAAAUCAAAUUUUAUUUGCCACAUGCGCCGUAUACAACAGGUGUAGACAUUACCGUGAAAUGCUUACUUACAGCCCUUAACCAACAAUGCAUUAUUUUUUUUAUAAAAAAGUAAAAUAAAACAACAACAACAAAAAAGUGUUGAGAAAAAAAGAGCAGAAGUAAAAUAAAAUAACAGUAGGGAGGCUAUAUACAGGGUGGUACCGGUGCAGAGUCAAUGUGCGGGGGCACCGGCUAGUUGAGGUAGUUGAGGUAAUAUGUACAUGUGGGUAGAGUUAAAGUGACUAUGCACAAAUAAUUAACAGAGUAGCAGCAGCGUAAAAAGAUGGGGUGGGGGUGGGGGGGCAGUGCAAAUAGUCCGGGUAGCCAUGAUUAGCUGUUCAGGAGUCUUAUGGCUUGGGGAUAGAAUCUGUUGAGAAGCCUUUUGGACCUAGACUUGGUGCUCCGGUACCACUAGCCGUGCGGUAGCAGAGAGAACAAUCUAUGACUAGGGUGGCUGGAGUCUUUUACAAUUUUGAGGGCCUUCCUCUGACACCGCCUGGUAUAGAGGUCCUGGAUGGCAGGAAGCUUGGCCCCAGUGAUGUACUGGGCCGUACGCACUACCCUCUAUAGUGCCUUGCGGUCGGAGGCCUAGCAGUUGCCAUACCAGGCGGUGAUGCAACCAGUCAGGAUGCUCUCGAUGGUGCAGCUGUAGAACUUUAUGAGGAUCUGAGGACCCAUGCCAAAUCUUUUCAGUCCCCUGAGGGGGAAUAGGCUUUGUUGUGCCCUCUUCACGACUGUCUUGGUGUGUUUGGACCAUGAUAGUUCGUUGGUGAUGUGGACACCAAGGAACUUGAAGCUCUCAACCUGUUCCACUACAGCUCCGUCGAUGAGAAUGGGGGCGUGCUCAGUCCUCUUUUUUUCCUGUAGUCCACAAUCAUCUCCUUUGUCUUGGUCACGUUGAGGGAGAGGUUGUUAUCCUGGCACCACACGGCCAGGUCUCUGACCUCCUCCCUAUAGGCUGUCUCAUCGUUGUGUCGUCGGCAAACUUAAUGAUGGUGUUGGAGUCGUGCCUGGCCAUGCAGUCAUGGGUGAACAGGGAGUACAGGAGGGGACUGAGCACGCACCCCUGAGGGGCCCCCGUGUUGAGGAUCAGUGUGGCAGAUGUGUUGUUACCUACCCUUGCCACCUGGGGGCGGCCCGUCAGGAAGUCCAGGAUCCAGUUGCAGAGGGAGGUGUUUAGUAAAGUAAUGUGAAUAAAUUAUUGUCAAUAAGUGAUUAGCAGUAAUGGGCAGUCACUACCAUCACGGAACAUUUAUUAAUUGUUUUAUUCUGUGUUAUAGCAUUCAACCCACAUAAGCAUUUCAUGUUCUACAAUAACCGUGAAUAUUUGUUUAUAAUAGAACUGAAACCGAACUGACCUCAAAAGGCACCAAUGAGCUUUAAAAGCAUGGGAUAAAUGUUUAGACAGGCAUAGAUCAGGGGAGGUUAAGAAAUAAUUAAAAGACACUGAAUAUCCCUUUGAGUAUAGUUAAGUAUGAUAAUUCGUCUGUGUAUGAUAUACAUUUACAUUUUAGUCAUUUAGCAGAAGCUCUUAUCCAGAGCGACUUACAGUUAGUGAAUACAUAUAUAUAUUUUUUUAUACUGGCCCCCCGUGGGAAUCGAACCCACAACCAUGGCGUUGCAAACGCCAUGCUCUAUCAACUGAGCUACAUCCCUGCCGGCCAUUCCCUCCCCUACCCUGGACGAUGCUGGGCCAAUUGUGCGCCGCCCAUGAGUCUCCCGGUCGCGGCUGGCUGCGACAGAGCCUGGAUUCGAACCAGGAUCUCUAGUGGCACAGUUAGCACUGCGAUGCAGUGCCUUAGACCACUGCGCCACUCAGGAGUACAUCAUAUCACCCAGACACUGCAAAGAUCUGGCCAUCCUUUCUAAUUGAGCUGCGAGAGAAAAUGGAAACUGUUCAGAGACAUCACUAUGAGGUUUAGGAUUAUUUUAAAACAGCCACAUAAUUCAUUGGCUGAGCUGAGAGAAAACUGUGCAUGGAUCAACAACAUUGCAUUCACUUCACAUUACUGGCCUGUAUGAAAAAGUGAAAAGAAGAAAACCUGUGUUAAAAAAUCCACUCUGUUAAGUAAUACUGCAAGACAACAUGGGAAAGAAAUGAACUUUUUGGCCUAAAUUGAAAACUUCAGGUAUGGGUUAAAUCCAAUACAACACAUUACAGAGUGAAACCCUCUGUACUUUCACAAAUAUUGUGAUGGCAGCAUCAUGUUAUGGGUAUGCUUGUCACUGGCAGGGACUAUGGAGUUUGUCAGGAUCAAAAUAAAUAGACAGGAGCAAAGCCCAGUUUAAAAGUAAGAGGAAGACCUGUCUUCUGAAUACCUAACCCUGGAAUAGAGUUUUAUUUUUCAACGGGACAAUUACACAAAUUGUAAUGUCUAAGACACACCAGAAUGGCUUUUUAAAUAGGUGUUAAGUAUUCCUGAGUGGUCCAUUCUCAGUCCUGGGUGUUGACUUAAAUAUGCUUGAAAAUCAGAGAAAUUGUUUGAAUAUUGUUGUCCAUCAAUGAUUCACAACUAAAUUUACUGAGCUUCAGCAAUUUUGACAAAAACAAUGGAUAAAUGUUGCCCUAAGAGUUGUGCAAAGCUGGUAGAAUCUUAUUCAAAAUAAUUCACAGGUGUAAUUGCUGCCAAAGGUGCUUCCACCAAUUAUUAACUCUGGGUUGUGAAGAUAUAUACAAUCAAUGCAUCUUUGUUUAAUGUUCUAUAAUUUUUCUUUCACUUUGAAAAUGUGGAUCAGUUGGAGUUAAUUUCAAGGCAGCAAAAUGUGAAAACUGUGCAAGUGGUGUGUAGACUUUCACUAGGCACUGUACUUAUCCUUCUCUCUGUACCUCAUUAGGCAAUGAUAACACCAACAGCAACCACGUGAAAACUCCACACAAGUCCACACAAGUUCCAGAGCCCUCUUCAUUAGAUCUCACUCCCCCCAGUCUAAAGCCUCAAGCUGAGGUUCCUGUGACCAACAGCAUCAAGCCUCACUCCAGCACCAUCCGCCUGGAUCCCCUCAGUUCCAGCACGUUAAGACUGGACCCUCUGACCACCAGUACCCUCCGUCUAGACCCUCUGAGCUCCAGCAUGCUGCGCCAGGACCCUGUCAGCAUCAGCAUGCCCAGCCUGGACCCACUAAGCCUGGGCAGCAGCCCCAGGAUAGGCACCCGUAGCUCCAGUACAUCUUGUCUGGAUCCACUCUACCUGAGCACCCCUCACCCAGACCUGCCUACUAGCUCCAGCAGGCUACACCCUGAGCCCCAGAGCAGUGGUGAGGUGCCUAAGACUGACCAUGAAGACUCCAGAGCCUUCUCAGUGUUAUCAGACCCUGCCAUUGGUCUGAGUCCCAAGGUGGAAGGGACUCCUUUCCAUAAACCUGAGCCCCCUCCCCCUGUAAACCUCCCUGAUCCCCCCACCUCCUCCUGCCUCAAGCCUGGGGUUCUGGUGAGCCACAACGGGCCCAGGUCCAGCUCCAGGGUAGGCCUCCGUGUGCACUUUAAACUGCCAGAGGAUGAAACAGACAACGAGAGUGAAACAUCCGAUAGCCAUUCAUAUGAAGAUAUGUCACAGUUGGCCAAUAAGGAACCACCUCCAGUCCUGGCCAAGCCCAAACUGUGAGUACUGCUUGACAUGGUCAAAUAACUCAAGCAUAGAUUGGUGACUUUUUUUCUAAUUUGACACACAGAAACAAGAGGCCAUGAGUAACUUGGUCAGAAAGAAUAGCACCUAUUGGCCUAUAGGUGGUGCUGUUAUAAGCAGUCUCACUUAAAACCAAAUAUCCGCCGCCCCGUUUGACCUAGAGACUUGAAACUGUGUAUAUACAGUACCAGUCAAAUGUUUGGAGACACCUACUCAUUCAAGGGUUUUUCUUUAUUUUUUACUAUUUUUUACAUUGUAGAAUAAUAGUGAAUACAUCAAAACUAUGAAAUAACACAUAUGGAAUCAUGUAGUAACCAAAAAAGUCUUAAACAAAUCAAAAUGUAUUUUAUAUUUGAGAUUGUUCAAAUAGCCACCCUUUGCCUUGAUGACAGCUUUGCACACUCUUAGCAUUCUCUCAACCAGCUUCACCUGGAAUGCUUUUCCAACAGUCUUGAAGGAGUUCCCACAUAUGCUGAGCACUUGUUGGCUGCUUUUCCUUCACUCUGCCAUCCGACUCAUCCCAAACCAUCUCAAUUGGGUUGAGGUCGGUAGAUUGUGGAGGCCAGGUCAUCUGAUGCAGCACUCCAUCACUCUCCUUCUUGGUAAAAUAGCCCUUACACAGCCUGGAGGUGUGUUGGGUCAUUAUCCUGUUGAAAAACAAAUGAUAGUCCCACUAAGCCCAAACCAGGUGGGAUGGCAUAUCGCUGCAGAAUGCUGUGGUAGCCAUGCUGGUUAAGUGUGCCUUGAAUUCUAAAUAAAUCACAGACAGUGUCACCAGCAAAGCACCCCCACACCAUAACACCUCCUCCUCCAUGCUUUACGGUCGGAAAUACACAUGUGGAGAUCAUCCGUUUACCCACAGCGCGUCUCACAAAGACACAGCGGUUUGAACCAAAAAUCUCCAAUUUGGACUCCAGACCAAAGGACAGAUUUCCACCGGUCUAAUGUCCAUUGCUCGUGUUUCUUGGCCCAAGCAGGUCUCUUCUUCUUAUUGGUGUCCUUUAGUAGUGGUUUCUUUGCCGCAAUUCGACCAUGAAGGCAUGAUUCAGACAGUCUCCUCUCAAUUUGACCAUGAAGGCCUGAUUCACACAGUCUCCUCUGAACGGUUGAUGUUGAUGUGUCUGUUACUUGAACUCUGUGAAGCAUUUAUUUGGGCUGCAAUUUCUGAGGCUGGUAACUCUAAUGAACUUAUCCUCUGCAGCAGAGGUAACUCUGGGUCUUCCAUUCCUGUGGCGGUCCUCAUGAGAGCCAGUUUCAUCAUAGCGCUUGAUGGUUUUUGCGACUGCACUUGAAGAAACGUUCAAAGUUCUUGAAAUGUUCCGUAUUGAAUGACCUUCAUGCCUUAAAGUAAUGAGCUGUUGUUGCCAUAAUAUGGACUUGGUCUUUUAUCAAAUAGGGCUAUCUUCUAUAUACCCCCCCCCCCCCCCCCCCCCCCCCCCCCCUACCUUGUCACAAACGCAUUAAGAAGGGAAAUCAAUUCCACAAAUUAACUUUUAAGAAGGCACACCUGUUAAUUGAAAUGCAUUCCAGGUGACUACCUCAUGAAGCUGGUUGAGAGAAUGCCAAGAGUGUGCAAAGCUGUCAUCAAGGCUAAGGGUGGCUAUUUGAAGAAUCUCAAAUAUAAAAUAUGAUUUUGAUUUGUUUAACACUUUUUUGGUUAUUACAUGAUUCCAUAUGUGUUAUUUCAUAGUUUUGAUGUCUUCACUAUUAUUCUACAAUGUAAAAAUAGAGAAAAACCCUUGAAUGAGUAGGUGUGUCCAAACUUUCGACUGGUAGUGCAGGUGUCUUUCCUCAUGCUGAACAAAUGUGCCUCUAGGACCCAUAAGGCCCGUCAGGAUCGAUUAUCCACCAUCUUGGAAAUGUUGGAAAACGUUUGAAACCAUACGUCCAAAUAGCACCAAAUUCGGUAUGUAGGCCCAUGGUACAUCUCUUAACUUAGUUUGAGAAAAGCUAGGGUUAAGAGAUGGCUGAGUUAUUGAUAAAUCAGAAAGUCAGAUUGUACAUGUCCAUUUAAAUCCUUUCUAAAUCCACUUCACAAUGCCCUAUCAUCUUGAAACGUUUUAGGGUCAUCAAAGACGUUACCAUGAUGAACCAUGUUAAAAGUGCAAUAUGCAGAAAUCGCUCCUCCAUUUCCUGGUUGCUAAAAUUCUAAUAAUUCCCCUAAUUUAAGUUUAUGUGACAAAACAAGUGUAGAGAAUCAUUGUACCAUCUAAACCGAUUUGAAAUAUAUUUUUUAUAACCAAAAAUAUUGUAUUUUCAGCUGUUUGAAACUGGUGUAUAAACCCAAAAGUAAAAGAUGCAGAAACGAAAUAGUGCACAUAGAACAGAUCUACCGCUUCUUAGAUUUGCUGUCAAUGAGAAUGACAGAUAAGGAAACUAUUAACAAUUAACUUUUUUUACUAUGUAACACUAAUGCCUAAAAUAAUCAUAAGAAAAUAUUCUCAUGGACUAAAAGUCAUAUUCACUAAAAAUGUGGUCUUUGGACUCAUUACAAUAGUCCCUAAAGAGUGAGAAAAUAAUGUAAUGCAUUCAAACAUGGCCACACUAUACCAGUAGAUGCAUAUUAGCACAUACGCUAAAAUGUGCUAAAAUACUUUGUUUCCGAGGCAGAACAUCUGUUUUAGGGAGAUGCUGGUUUAUCACAUGCAAAAUGUCCUUUCGUAGGACACCUGGAGCCAAAGUCAUUAAUAUCCGUUGGGUGAUUGGUUGAGGCGUCUUGGGUGAGUGACGUCACUCCAAGCCCUUACCAAAACACAAAACAUGGCGGACAGUUUCUCUCGCCUUGGAUCUUAAACCAGUAGUGACCACUAACUUCAAUGACAGUAAACUUGCCUGCCUUUCUUAAACCUCUCCUCGGGAAUCCCCAGGUAUUCCAUGUAUUUGGUCUAUUCGAGAGCUAGUGUUAGAAAUUGCAUAAUUCAAAUCUGGUAUUGGAAUAAGAAUCAAGAGAUCUUCAAUCCAAGCUAAAUUUAUUAUAUGCAAAAUGUAUGUAUGAUAAGUAUGAAGGUUCGUAUAUACGGGUCCACUGAAAUACCUCGCAGGGCACUCAGAGAACUAAUCCAUUGUUACAGGUUCUUCUUCAAAUACUCUGACAGAGAUAGUUCCCACCUCUCUGCUGGCCAAUCAGAGUAGAGACUGAGCGUGGUUUAGACUUACUCAGCCAAUCCGUUGGCGCACGGGCUGGUCCCAACCCCUUGGCGCUCCACCGUUCCCAGGCAUAAGUUUAUCAUAACAACCUGUGGAGUCAGCACCCAAAAGACUGUACGUUCCUACGUCCAAGGACGGUUCACAGACAACAAAGAGGCAGUGUUCGUAUCUGUAAGAAAUACAAGUCUUAUCUGUCCUUCCCCCUAACGUUCCUUACAUGAAUCACAGCCUGUUAUGUGAAACAAUUUAUAUCAGUAUAGUACAAACCUUUUAUGCUUUAAUCAUUAAUGCAUUCUUUCUAAGUUAGUCAUCCCUUCCAUAUUAUGAGAAUAAUAAAUCCCCACACUAGCACACCUGAUUCAACUGAUUAACUAAUUAAUCAUCAAGCCCUUGACUAGUUGAAUCAGGUGAGCUAAUUCAGGGCUACAACAAAAUUGUGAAACGAAUGAGGGUCCCCGAGGAGAGGUUUGAGAACCACAGAGCUAGACUGCUUCUAGACUUGGGAGCUUGGCGUUAGAUUAUUCCACCAUUGGCAACAACAACUGGCUACUAGAACUGAACCGAUGGACAUGAAAUUUGGUAUGUAAGCUUUAUGUAUAUGUCCUUAGAAGCUGUAUGAAUAUAAAUUCACUGCAACCUUAGAUGGCUGCACCAGACCAGUUGGCACCCAUGGCACCAUAGGAUACUAGAGCAAUAACUAUUUUUCAAGAGGACUUUGUCUCAUGCAAAUGAAUGUCACAUUUAGAUUAUGCAGACGAACAAUGUGAAAUAUUGUGAUUAGUAUAAUCCCAUAUUGUUGCCCUAUUAUAUGGUCUGAAUGUAGUGAAAGGUGGAUCUAUUAUUCGGUAAAACUAGAAACUGGAAGUCUUGCCACUUGCGCAGUCAGUGUAUUACAGCUGUGAGAGUGUAUUGAAGUAUUUUGGAAGGCUAAUGUGGAGUGUACCAACUGAGAUUUAAAUCAACAUGGUAAUUAUUUCACUGAUUGCACAUAAAGGAAGAUAGUUCCUACAAGAGAGUGCUUGCUUUGUUAUCCAACUGAUCUUGUCCUUUCUGUCAUCUGAUGAACCCCGUGCAUUGCUGCUCGCAGCUAUAUUUCUUAAGUAUUUUUCAAUUUAUUUGGUAUCACUUAACUUAAGACAAAUCCUAACUUAAGACAAAAUCCCACGACUCAAAGUGACAGCCUCAAAUGAUAUGGUGAAAAAUGUUAAUAUCUAGUCAGACAACAAACCAUUUGUUUUACAUUUUUACAUUUACAUUUUAGUCAUUUAGCAGACGCUCUUAUACAGAGCGACUUACAGUUAGUGAGUGCAUACAUUUUUCAUACUGUUUUAUCACUAUUGUUUCCCUAAAUUUGCACCUACAGUUGAUUUUAUGAUGAAAACUUUUAAUUCUAAAAGUAAUUCUAAAAAGUGUUUGGUCUCAGUCUCGUGAUGUAUUUUUUCAUUUGCGGUCCUUGUUUUGAAGUGAAGCAAGCAGCUUGAGUUGUGUGGGCUGAAUUUAGAACAGUAAACAUUGGAGGUGGGAGGGUCUCCUCUUGAGCUCCCUAUCUGCAGUUUUCAUUUGUCUACUGAAUACAUAUCUGUGCUUAACUAUGUGGAGUUUAAAACUACAAAAAACUAAGGAUGGCCAUUUCUUAAUGUAAGUGCAAUUUUAUGCUUUUGCGCAUGCUAGAAAUCUUUGCACACUGGCAUUGUGUUUGUAAUUUUUUUGUUGGAAGAAAAAAGUGUGUAUGCCGCUAAGAUUAAGUGUUUUGCAUAGUGUUAAUAAUAAUAAUUGAUUCUGCGACAAUAAGUUAUUGUCUCCUUUUCACUUUACGUUAUCAAAGUGACUGAUAUUGAAUGUAAAACUAAUGUAAAAAAAUGGAAUAAGGUUGCAAUGAAAGGUUUUCUUAUACCAAUCAUGAUACAGCACAUUACUGACAUUUUCAGUUGCAGAGUGUGUUUAGAGUCUGGAUGCUCCCUGGAUGCUCCUAUACCUUAAAAGGGCAGACUAUUUCCCCAACCUGCCCCUGAAAGGCACAUUGUGGUCAUUACUUUUUAGGGAACUGUGUUUAGAGUAUUUGUAGUUAUUUGUUGACGAACACAUUAACACUUUUGAACAAAUAUAUGGUUUUUAUUAUAGCUUGGUCUCAGAUCUGUUUAUACUGUCUUGCCAACUUCUGUGGUUUGGCGUGACAAUGACCAUAGGAUUUGGCAAGACAGCACAAACCGAUCUGGGACCAGGCUAGUUUUAUUAUACACUGAGUAUACCAAACAUUAGGAACACCUUCCUAAUAUUGAGUUGCAUCCCCCCUUUUGCCCUCAGAACAGCCUCAAUUCGUCAGAGCAUGGACUCUAUAAGGUGUCGAAAGCGUUCCACAGGGAUGCUGGCCCAUGUUGACUCCAAUGCUUCCCACAGUUGUGUCAAGUUGGCUGGAUGUCCUUUGGGUGGUGGAUCAUUCUUGAUACACAUGGGAAACGGUUGAGUGUGAAAAACCCAGCAGCGCUGCAGUUCUUGACACAAACCACCUAGCACCUACUACCAUACCCUGUUCAAAGGCACUUAAAUCUUUUGUCUUGCCCAUUCACCCUCUGAAUGGUACACAUACACAAUCCAUGUCUCAAUGGUCUCAAGGCUUAAAAAUCCUUCUUUAACCUGUCUCCUCCCCUUCAUCUACACUGAUUGAAGUGAAUUUAACAAGUGACAUCAAUAAGGGAUCAUAGCUUUCACGUGGAUUCAUCUGGUCAGUCUAUGUCAUGGAAAUAAAAAAGUUUUGUAUACUCAGUAUGUAAAGUUUUCAUGUUUUUAACAUCUUCCAUCUCUGUUUUCUCAGAGACCCUGUCCAGCUGCAGCUUCUACACAACCAGGUGCUCAUGGAGCAGCAGCAGACUGACACUGAGCCAACCGGAGCCACCCAGAGCCAACCGGAGGCAUCUGCCUGGCCAGCCCGGAAGCAACCCGAGCCCCAGGCCCAGCUCCAGCACCAGCAAAGCCUGCCCCGUUCAUCUACCCCAAUGCCCCUGCAGUCCACCCACCCUGCACCCAUACUGGCCAUAGCCCCAACACCCUUACUCAACUUCACCCCUGUGACAACACUGAACACUACCCCUGCACCCCAGCUAAACACUAGUCCCCCUGCACCCCAGCUAAACAUUGCCUCUGCACCACUACUGAACCCAUACGCCACCCAUUCUUAUUUUCCUUCUUCUUCUUCUUCUUCUUUACCCCUGCUAAACACAAGCCCGGUAUCACCAAUAAACACUACCUCUGCACUGCUACAGAACACAGCCCCUCCUGCACCCAUUAUGGGUACCCUGCCGUCCCCUCCUCAACUGAAGACAGGUUCAUCUUUUAUGAGCUCCCCUCCAUCUGCCCCUCUGCUGAGCACUGUCCUUGCACCCCACCUGUAUACCAUUCCUGCAUCCCCACCCUAUAUGACCCUGCAAAACACCACCCAUUCUUCCCAGCUGAACUUAGCCCCCUUAUCCCUGCCUAAAACUAUUCACGUACCCCAGUUUAACACACCUCUCGUACCUCAUCUGAAUACAGCCCCCACAGCAUCUCUCAGCACCAUCCCAGCAGCUUUCAACAGGGCCCCUACAACCGUGCAGAACACCUCCCCCUCCCCCCUACUCAGAACAACUCAUGCCUCCCUCCUCAACCUGGCCCCCACUUCACAGAGCUUCAACUACGCCAGGCCAAAAGAGUUUAUCACUACCCAGACUCCCCUUUCUCCAGUCAGGAGUCCCUCCCCUACAGAGUCCCCCGUUCCGUUGCUCCACGAGCUGGCUGCCGAGCUCAACUCCUCCAACCCCAACCUGUUCUCUCCACAACCCAGAGUCUUCCCCACCAGAGUCCUCAAGUCACCCACUAGCCCCCCUUCCUUCAUGUCCUCCCCCACCUCUCCCACCCUGUUGCCUGCUGCCUACCUAAACUCUGUGUUCACCCUGCCACAGCAGUCGCCCCCACAGGCAGCGUCCCCGACCUCCAGCACCUCCACCCCCAGCCCCAUCCAGAACCAUGUGGCCUUCCUCAGCUCUGUCCUGCCCUCUCUACACACCACACAAGCCACCAACUCUAUGGGCCUGCCCAGGAGUGCUCAUGGGUAAGACCCUAUGGUUGCUGAAUUCCGGAAACAUUCCCAAAGUUCCCAGGUUUUUCUAGAAAUCCCUGUUGGAGGAUUCCUGGAAUCGGGAGGGAAUAAGCAGGGGCGGAAUCCUUCAACUCUGAAUCCUCCAACCGGGAUUUUAGAGAACUCUGGGAACUUUGGACCUCUUACCUCACACUUCAAUUCAUCAUGUUACAGUUUUAUAUAUUGUAAAAUACAUUUUUGCUCAUUUGUUUUGAUCCACAGGCCACCUCAAGGCAUGCAGAAGAAGUUGCCUACAAGCACACGUCCUAUGUCAGAUGUUGACAUUCGUAGCAGCCAACAAACCCUCCUCCAGGAUAUGGAGAAAAAGCUUAGGUUCAAUGAAGAUGUUAUGCGUGGUCAUGUACAACAGGUAUCGGCUAUAUCCCUUCAAUUGUACUGUUAUUCCCUGAGGCACAGACCUUCCAUUAUAGAUUGGGCUUAAUGACUGAAUAUGCAACUAAAUGAACGAGUACUUGGUUGAUGUAGUAAUAUGGCUUGGAGUGGAACCAUCAAGGAACAGAGUGAUCGCAAAUAAAUAAAGUAUUAUUCUUCUACAAAUUAUUUUCAACCCAACACAUUCCUUCAAACAUUUCAAAAGACUACAAAGUGGAGACUGCAUGGCGCAUUCUCACUUUCUUCCAAUUUGCUAUUCUGGCAUACGUAAUACAAUUCUAUUUUGUUCUCCUUUUACAUUGCAAGUGUAGUAAAGGGAUACAAUGUGAAACAAUAUGGAAGCAGUUCGAAAAUGCAUUCAUCUAAACCGAGAGAUCAGCAGUGCAUCAUUCCUUUUCCAAUCAAUAAUUUUCCAUAUUCAUUCAUCAAGUAUAUGUACCAUAUAACAGCAUGCAGAUCAUAUCAAUCACACAUUACUCACAAAUUAGUGGUAGUGAUGUGUGUGUCUGUGUUCAUUAGUGUGUGUGUGUUUGUGUUCAUCAAUCAUCCUUAUCUUCUCAUAGAAGCAGACUACUUAUGAGGGGAAAACAGUGAGGAGACCCCUCGGACCAAACAUUCCUGCCACUGUCUUUAACUAUGACGAGGUACAGCGAAUAUCUCUCCCUCCCAAGCAUUCCUUUGCUCAGAACUUUUGGUAACACAUUACAUUAAGUUGCUCUUAAACCUGUGCUGAAAGACUGUAUUUACGGCAGUAACGACAUUAGAUUAACAUGUUAAUACGGUGCAUUCGGAAAGUAUUCGGACCCCUUGACUUUUUCCACAUUUUGUUACGUUACAGCCUUAUUCUAAAAUUGUUUGUUUUUUUGUUAGCUUUUUUUCCCGUCAUCAAUCUACACCCAAUACCACAUAAUGUCAAAGCAAAAACAGUUUUUUUAGAAAUGUUUGCAAAUAUAUAAAUUAAAAAAAUGGAAAGAUCAAAUUUACAUAAGUAUUCAGACCCUUUACUCAGAACUUUGUUAAAGCACCUUUGGCAGCGAUUACAGCCUCGAGUCUUCUUGGGUAUGACGCUACAAGCUUGGCACACCUGUAUUUGGGGAGUUUCUUCCAUUCUUUGCAGAUCCUCUCAAGCUCUGUCAGGUUGGAUGGGGAGCGUUGCUGCACAGCUAUUUUCAGGUCUCUCCAGAGAUGUUCGAUCGGGUUCAAGUCCGAGCUCUGGCUGGGCCACUCAAGGACAUUGAGACUUGUCCCGAAGCCACUCCUGUGUUGUCUUGGCUGUGUGCUUAGGGUCGUUGUCCUGUUGGAAGGUGAACCUUCACCCCAGUCUGAGGUCCUGAGUGCUCUGGAGCAGGUUUUCAUCAAGGAUCUCUCUGUAUUUUGCUCCGUUCAUCUUUCCCUUUAUCCCACAGCAUGAUGCUGCUACCACCAUGCUUCACCGUAGGGAUGGUGCCAGGUUUCCUCCAGACGUGACACUUGGCAUUCAGGCCAAAGAGUUCAAUCUUGGUUUCAUCAGACCAGAGAAUCUUGUUUCUCAUGGUCUGAGAGUCCUUUAGGUGCCUUUUGGCAAACUCCAAGCGUGCUGUCAUGUGCCUUUUACUGAGGAGUGGCUUCUGUCUGGCCACUCUACCAUAAAGGCCUGAUUGGUGGAGUGCUGCAGAGAUGGUUGUCCUUCUGGAAGGUUCUCCCAUCUCCACAGAGGAACUCUGGAGCUCUGUCAGAGUGACCAUUGGGUUCUUGACCAAGGCCCUUCUCCCCUGAUUGCUCAGUUUGGCCGGGUGGCCAGCUCUAGGAAGAGUCUUGGUGGUUCCAAACUUCUUCCAUUUAAGAUAGAUGGAGGCCACUGUGUUCUUGGGGACCUUCAACGCUGCAGACAGUUUUUGGUACCCUUCCCCAGAUCUGUGCCUCGACCACAACCCUGUCUCGGAGCUCUACGGACAAUUCCUUAGAACUCAUGGCUUGGUUUUUGCUCUGACAUGCACUGUCAACUGUGGGACCUUAUAUAGACAGGUGUGUGCCUUUCCAAAUCAUGUCCAAUCAACUACAUUUACCACAGGGGGACUCCAAUCAAGUUGUAGAAACAUCUCAAGGAUGAUCAAUGGAAACAGGAUUCAGCUGAGCUCAAUUUCGAGUCUCAUAGCAAAGUGUCUGAAUACUUAUGUAAAUAAGGUAUUUCAGUUUUUUAUAUAUUUGCUGAAAUUUCAAAAAACCUGUUUUCACUUUGUCGUUAUGAGGUAUCGUGUGUAGAUUACUGAGAAAACAAAUAUUUAAUCAUUUUUUGAAUAAGGCUGUAACGUAACAAAGUGUGGAAAAAGGGAAGGGGUCUGAAUACUUUCUGAAUGCAAUAGUACUUCAGUAAUUGCUUAAUGGAGUUGAACUUUUUUUGUAAUUACACAAGAGGAAUAGGGACUGUUCCUUAUUACACUUGCAUAAUAACUACAACCACUCAAGCCCAUUACAAUUACAAAGCGAUAAAAAAUAUUGCAUAUUGUGAGUGUAGUAAUUACAGCGUUACUAUACAGGUAUAAGAGCAACUUAAUGUAAAGUGUUAGUGAAUGUUCAAAACAGGUUUUAAGUAGUAUGUAUGGAUGUAUACUCAUAUAUCCAAACACUGUAGUUUGAAUAAUCAUUCUAAUCAGGCACUUUUAAAGUAUUUGUUCACUAAUAUCCGUUGCAUGAAUAAUCCAAACAAUUUCCAAACUGAAGGUAUACAUAUUGCCAACACUCAUGUAAUGUAAUGCCCCAAAUAGGCUGAGGUAUAUGACAUUCUAAGAUUUGAGCAACCUUCAACGUUUCUUGAGUAUAAAUGUGCAUAAAAACAUUCCUUUAAAAUAUUACAUUUCAACUGAUGCCAUGGAUCUCAUCUGUUGUCCCUCUGAAAGUAAUGAUGUUGUAAUAUUGUCAUAAUUUCCCGACAUUUCAGAGACCACCUUCAUUACCACUAAAGUUAUCUUUUCAGUUCCAUUACCUUAGGUCCUCAGGAGAAAAAUGAAUUACCCAGUGUUGAAAAAUCUUGAAAUUAUGAAAAAAAGUAUACUUUUUGAGAAAGAAAUAUACGGAUCAACAAACAAAACUACUGUACAAUUUUAAUUGUUGAAUUGAUAUGUUCUUUGAUAUUUUGCAAGAAUGCUUAGCUUGAUAUUUCAGUCCAAAUGUGUUCUCUGUUUUACCCUCAACUUCUGUUGUAUUUUGUGUAGUAGGACCAGUCCAAUAUCAAGGGAGGAAUGCCACUGCAUGAUAACUUUUAAAGUUUAAAGCUAAACUCCUCAUCUCUUUUUCUGCCCACAGUGAGACCAGAUCAUUUGUCUUUGUAAACUGAGGGCUGGCAAAUGUAACUGCCACUUUUGAAUCAAAAUGCUACUUUUUGAAUCAAAAUAGAUUGAGGAGUACAUCUUUAACCAUGGUUGGGAUUCAAUUCCAUUUCAUUCCACUGAAAUUCCAAUUCCAAUGUUCUUCAUUACUUUUCAAUUAGGAUUAUUGGAAUUGGAUUGAGUUCCACCCUGCCUUUAACACAAUAUCAGGAUUGCUUAGUGGUGAAAUUGUGCUCUGGGUCUGAUUCCUCUGUAAUCUACUCAAGUAAAUACUCACCCAAACAGUUUCUGAAAUGUAUCCCCAUUCCAUCUGGCUAAAGUGUUUGAUAAAAUAUCUGAAUUGGUGAAUAUGUUUUCUUCACUACAUGCAGGAGUCUCUACCAUUAUAGCAGGUGUCAUACUAUUUUAUUCCUGCCAUAGCAUAAUUAUUUUCAGCAUCUUGGUUUUUAAUAUUUGGUUUAUUUUUAAGUUCUAUACUGUGCACAUGAUAUGAUACCUAGAUAUUUAUUACAACAUUGAUGCUCUUUUUAGUUUUGCUGCAAUUUAAUUUAUGCAACGCAAGCACUAUAAUGACUUACACUAUUGGUAUGACCACAGCAAUUACUUUUAUCCAGCGGUCUUCCUUUAUUUUAGGAGUACAAAGUUUCGAACUUUGAGCAGAGGCUGAUGAGUGAGAUAGAGUUCCGUCUGGAACGCACGCCAGUCGAGGAGUCCGAUGACGAGGUACAACACGAUGAGAGCCCAACAGGGAAGUGCAUCGCACCCAUAUUUGACAAGAAGCUGAAGAACUUCAGGGCCAUGGAGGGUGUGCCUAUGACAUUCUCCUGUAAAGUGGUGGGGAUCCCCGUACCUAAGGUGAGACAGCACAUCUAUGGUAUCUAAAUAUGUUAUCACCCAGACUGUUUUUUAGCAGAGGUUUUCAUCCAAAGUGCCUUACAAUACAGUGAGUACAAAUAUUUUUUGCAUGAGAUCCCAUCAGAAAUGGAAUCCACAACCUUAGUGUUGCACUAUCAAUGCUCUUACCAACUGAGCCACACAGGACCACACAGACUGUUGAUGUUUUAUUAGCUAACACCAUGCAGGAAGGACAGAGGCCUCUGCUUGUUUGGGUCUCUCUUUUGGAUCAUAUUUGGUGGUCGCCCGGGAUCUGGACUUUGAUAUGGCAGUUAAUCUGUAUGUACACCACACAGUGAGUGGACAUAUACUCAACAUUUGUUAGAAAUCUCCCUCUCUCUUCAACCCAUUUCAGGUUUACUGGUUCAAGGAUGGCAAGCAGAUCUUGAGGAAAAAUGAUCAUUAUAAAAAGAUAAGAGAGGGGGACGGAACCUGUGCCUUACACAUAGAGGUCACCAAUAACGACGAUGAUGGCAACUACACUGUCAUGGCAGCUAACCCCCAGGUAACCUAACCACCUGUAAUUGUUUCACUCUUAUACACUUUUCUUACCCCUUCACCAAAUCUAAUUAGCUAAUUAAUUAAUUCAUGCUCACAAGGGACGAAUCAGCUGCUCCGGUCAUUUGAUCAUCCAAACGGGUCCUCUCCGAAACCGAAUGACACCUAUGAUUCACUCUCAGAGGUGAGCAGGACUGACUGAGUGUGCAUUGGGAUCUGCAGAGGUAAGAAGAACACUCUUCAGCUUGGAGAGACAGCAUGAUUGCAGCUCUUACUGUUUCAUAGAGGCUACUUACAGUAAGAUCCCAGAUGUACAUAUUGCCCAGACUACUGUUGAACAGCCAUAUAAACCCUCAUAGCAACCAUAAACCAAUAUACAGAUAAACCAAUCAGAGACUGAGAAAAAUAUAUGGUUUUACCUCUAUGAUAGCAACACUAAUCUCAUACAUCAUUGUCUUAGCGAUAGCGAUUAGCGAUUGCAGAUGACAAGAUAUCUCAGCAACACUAGGGCCAAUAUGCAUGUACUGUAACAAUGUUCAGCACAUCCCUACAUGCCUACAGGGUGCGGGCCCGCAUACAGGAAGUAGAAGAGGGUGAACCAACCCAGGAGCGCUUCUUCCGACCUCACUUCCUCCAGGCUCCAGGGGACAUGGUGGCUCAUGAGGGCAGAGUCUGUAGAUUAGACUGCAAGGUAUGUCAUCUCUGGGCAUUUAAUACAUUUUAGAAUGACUAUUAAAAGAUAAUUGUUAAAAUCAGUUAGGAUAGCCUUUGAAGAUAGAUAGUACUGUACAGUGGUGUAAAGUACUCAAGUAAAAAUACUUUACAGUACUACUUAAGUUGUUUUUUGGGGUAUCUGUACUUUACUUCACUAUGUAUAUUUUUAUAUUUAUAUUAUAUAUUAUAUUCCUUAAUAUAAGGAAUUUGAAAUGAUUUAUACUUUUACUUUUACUUUUGAUACUUAAGUAUAUUUUAGCAAUUACAUUGACUUUUCAUACUUAAGUAUAUGUCAAACUAAAUACUAUUAGACUUUUACUCAAGUAGUGUAUUACCGGGUGACUUUCACUUUUACUUCAGUCAUUUUCUAUUAAGGUAGAAGUAUGACAAUUGGGUACUUUUUCCACCACUGGUACUGUAUACAUCUCACAAGAAGUGUUGUGUGUUUCUCUGUUUUCCAGGUGAGUGGCUUACCAAACCCAGAGCUGAUGUGGCUGAUCAAUGGGAGGCCCAUCUACCCAGACUUCUACCACCGGAUGCUGGUGAGGGAGAACGGCAUCCAUUCACUUGUCAUAGACCCUCUAAAACAGGACGACGCCGGGACAUACACCUGCAUCGCAAGCAACAAAGCAGGACAGAGCUCCUUCAGUCUGGAGUUAAGAGUUGUGGGUAAGAGUUCUCGAAACAAUUAAGUAUUUUCAUGAAAACAAAAUAGUGUCACGAUCGUGUGAAGGAGGAGACCAAAGCGCAGCGUGUUGAGUGAACAUAGUAUAUUUAUUAAAUGCUCACACGAGCAAAACAAACAACGAAACCGUGACGUCUGUGGUACAACACGCACACACACGAACAAAAUCCCACAACCCGAAAGGAAAACAGAUAGAUUAAAUAUGGCUCCCAAUCAGAGACAAACAGCCGACAGCUGACACUCGUUUGCCUCUGAUUGGGAGUCACACCGGCAAACAUAGAAAAUAAACCACCUAGAACACCCACCAGAGAAACCGAAAACAUAGAAUGAACACACCCUGGUUCAACAUAAUGAGUCCCCGAACCAGGGUGUGACAAAUAGUGUACCUCUUGAUAACAAAUGUCUAUUUCAUUAUUUUAAAAGAUUUAUAAGCAUUUAUAAUUACUUAUUAAUGAAAGUUAUUAUAAAGUGUAACUCAAUUAUAUAAUCAGUGAUAGCUUUUGAAUAAGUACAAAGACAAAACCAUUAAUUUGUUUGUAUAGUGAAGAAUGCCAUGACAAUUAAUAAUUAUUAGUAAUUAGUAAUUGUACAUGACAGAGAAUAACUAUUCUUUGCCCAUUCAGAAAAAGAGAUGAAGCAGGCCCCCCAGUUUGUGGAGAAGCUCCAGAACACAGGCAUCGCAGAGGGCACCCCCGUCCGACUGGAGUGCAGAGUUCUGGGCAUGCCUCCACCUGUUAUCUACUGGAAGAAAGACAACGACACCAUUCCUCACACCAAGGCCAGAGUCAGGUUAGUAUUCCCUAACUAACCUAUCCCCUUCCAACCAGAAAGGUGACUGCCCAUCCUGUAGGUGCACUUAUAUUCAAACUCAUGAAGACAAGAGGUAACACACAAAACCAUGCUUAGAGAUGUCUGUACAUUCCAAAUUAGCUUAGACUUUUUGAGAUUAGAAUAUUAAUGCCUGUUAAUCACAAAAAAACUAUUAGAACACAGUGAAUAUAUACAUUUAGAAUGAUCAUUUAAUUGAAUAGAUGUUUUUUGAUUCUAGCAUACACCAGGAUGCCACUGGAUAUGUCUGCCUCCUGAUUCAGCCUACCAGGAAAGAGGAUGCUGGCUGGUACACCGUAUCAGCAAAGAAUGAGGCUGGAAUUGUUUCAUGCACAGCCAGGCUAGACAUCUAUGGUAAGUUCAAUUCAAUACAACUUUCAACAGCUUUCUUUUACCCGCCAUAGUGUUUAUUGUGAUCGUUUUGAAUUAGUUAAUAGUUGCUAAUGAUUGUGCUUAAAGUAUAUAAGAUAUCAAAUACAUGCACUACAAUACCCAGAGCUACAGUGCCUUCAGAAAGUAUUCACACCCCUUGACUUUUCCCACAUUUUGUUGUGUUACAGUCUUAAUUUAAAAUUGAUUAAAUUGGGAUUUUGUGUCAAACAAUACCCCAUAAUGUCAAAAUGGAAUUAGGUGGGCCUCCCGAGUGGCGCAGUGGUCUAAGGCACUGCAUCGCAGUGCUAGCUGUGCCACUAGAGAUCCUGGUUCGAUUCCAGGCUCUGUCGCAGCCGGCCGCGACCGGAAGACCCAUGGGGCGGCGGACAAUUGGCCCAGCGCCGUCCAGGGUAGGGGAGGGUUUCCUUGUCCCAUCGCGCACUAGUGACUCCUGUGGCGGGCCGGGCGCAGUGCAUGCUGACUCAGUUGCCAGGUGUACGGCACAUUGGUGCGGCUGGCUUCCGGGUUGAGCGGGACAAGAAGCAGUGCGGCUAGGUUGGGUUGUGUUUCGGAGGACGCACGACUCUCGACCUUCGCCUCUGUAACGAUGGGACAAGACUGUAACUACCAAUUGGAUACCACAAAAUUGUGGAGAAAAAGGGGGUAAAAAUACAAUGGAAUUAUGUUACAAAUUAAUACAAAAUGAAAGGCUGAAAUGCCUUGAGUCAAUAAGUAUUCAACCCUUUGUUAUGGCAAGCUUAAAUAAGUUCAGGAGUAAAGAUUUGCUUAACAAGUCACAUAAUAAGUUGCAUUGACUGUGUGUGCAAUAAUAGUGUUUAAUUAACAUAAUUUUUUUAAUGACUACCUCAUCUCUGUACCCCACACAUACAAUUUUCAGUAAGGUCCCUCAGUCAAGCAGUGAAUUUCAAACACAGAUUCAACCACAAAGACCAGGGAGGUUUUCCAAUGCCUCGUAAAGAAGGGCACCUAUUUGUAGAUUGGUUAAAAAAAAAAAGCAGACAUUGAAUAUCCCUUUGAGCAUGGUGAAGUUAUUAAUUACACUUUGGAUGGUGUAUCAAUACACCCAGUCACUACAAAGAUACAGGCGUCCUUCCUAACUCAGUUACCGGGGAGGAAGGAAAGCGCUCAGGGAUUUCACCAUGAGGCCAAUGGUGACUUUAAAACAGUUAGAGUUUAAUGGCUGUGAUGGGAGAAAACUGAGGAUGGCUCAACAACAUUUUAGUUACUCCACAAUACUAACCUAAAUGACAGAGUGAAAGGAAGGAAGCCCAUACAGAAUAAAAAUUUUCAUCCUGUUUGCAAUAAAAGCGCUAAAGUAAAACUGCAAAAAAAUAUGGCAAAGAAAUUAACUUUAUAUCCUGAAUACAAAGCGUUAUGUUUGGGGCAAAUCCAACACAACACAUCACUGAGUACCACUCUUCAUAUUUUCAAGAAUGGUGGUGGCUGCAUAAUGUUAUGGGUAUGCUUGUCAUUGGCAAGGAUUAGGGAUUUUUUUUAGGAUCAAAAGAAACGGAAUAGAGCUAUGCACAGAAAAAAUCCUAGAGGAAAACUUGGUUCAGUCUGAUUUCCAACAGACACUGGGAGGCAAAUUCACCUUUCAGCAGGACAAUAACCUAAAACACAAGGCCAAAUAUAUACUGGAGUUGCUUACCAAGACGACAUUGAAUGUUCCGGAGUGGCCUAGUUACAGUUUUGACUUAAAUUGGCUUGAAAAUCUAUGGCAAGACUUGAAAAUGGCUGUCGAGCAAUGAUCAACAACCAACUUGACAGAGCUUGAAGAAUUUUUAAAAUAAUAAUGUGCAAGUAUUGUACAAUCCAGGUGUGCAAAGCUCUUAGACUUACCCAGAAAGACUCACAGCUGUAAUCGCUGCCAAAGGUGAUUCUAACGUGUAUUUACUCAGGGGUGUGAAUACAUACAAAUGAGAUACUAAUGUAUUUCCUUUUCAAUAAAUGUGCUACAUUUUCAAAAAACAUGUUUUCACUUUGUCAUUAUGGGGUAUUGUGUGUAGAUUGGUGAGAGAGAAAAAAAAUAUUUAAUCAAUUUUGAAUUCAGGCUGUAAUUUGAAAUAAAUCAAGGGGUAUGAAUACUUUCUGAAAGCACUGUAUCUCUGUUGUCUGCAGCCCAGUGGCAUAAGCAUGUCCCUCUGCCUAUGAAAAAGGCUCUGCGGCAGGGCAGUCGCUAUGCAGUGCUGACCGGCCAAGGCCUGGACAUCAAAUCUGCCUUCCCCACGAUGGACAAUAGCCCCGUCCUGUUCUCCAGCUCCCCUGUGGAGGCACAGCUGGAGAGUGAGGAGCUGUGAGGAGCAGACACACUUCACCAUAGGGUUGUAAAAAGUCUAAACUUUCCCAUAAUGCACAGGUUUUUCAGAAAUUCCAAAAGUUUAGGAAAGUUUAUGGAAUCUUGCCAACCUACUCCAUCACCACUGGCCCUUUGAACCUACAAACAACUCUUCUCUGGAGUCUCUUAG